AUGACGAGCUCUGCCGGUGCGGUCAAGCGAGUUGCGAUCCUUUACCAGGCCCUGGAUCCACCACUGAUCAAUGGCGUUCGCAAGCCUAAAAAACCGAGUGGGUACAAGGACUCUGGCGCGGACAUAGCGUACGUGUUCAAGCACGGCGGCGAAGUCGAGGUGGUGACGCCAAGCGCAUCGCCGGACCCUGCCAGCGACGAGGACUGGUGCUUUCCCGACACCGAGGCCGGCAUCGCGGACGCCGUCGGCAGGCGCGCGACCCAUCUGUGGGCGAACACGAUCGUAUUUGCGCAGCAUCCCUUGCAGACGUCGCCGGGGCUCGAGGCCGUCGCCGACGAGCUCCGCGUCGUCGGCCAGCCGCCCAGACUGGUGGACCUGUACGACGACAAGGACGUCGUCAACGAGAUGUUGCGGUCCAAGGGCUUCGGCCUGCCGCGCGCGCAGCUUGUUCGGGACCCGGCCGAGCUCGAGCAGGCGGCGAUGCUGACGCACCUGGCUCGGGGGCCGCUGGUCGCGAAGCCGGCGAGCUGUUCGCGCAGAGGUCCUCCGUUAUCCUCGAGGAGUACCUCGCCGGCCAGGAGGCCACCGUGA